AUGCUUUUUAUUGCAUAUAACAUGGACAAAGUUACUUCAUCUGCAAGUGGAAAAAGUCCUCUAUGUUUCUUGCAAAACUGCUUUGGAAAGAAGAAACAACUUUCCUCACAUCUUCAGACUAGGACACCUAGUGCAGAGAGGCAGGGAUCUACAGUUUCUAUCCAGAUGGACAAACCUGAUGUUACACGAGAGAGGGAGAAGGUUGAGAGUUUGCUACUGAAUAUAGAUAAAACAAGUCACGCGAUCAUUUGCCAUGACAUGAGAAAAGUUUAUCCAGGAAGAGAUGGUAACCCUGAGAAGUUUGCAGUGAAAGGAUUGUCUCUCGCUUUGCCACGAGGGGAAUGCUUUGGCAUGCUUGGUUCCAAUGGUGCAGGGAAGACCUCUUUUAUUAGCAUGAUGAUUGGUCUGACAAAACCAAGCUCUGGUGCAGCAUAUGUUCAUGGUAUGGACAUUCGGAUUCAAAUGGAUGAAAUAUAUACCAGCAUAGGCGUUUGUUCACAGCAUGACUUACUAUGGGAGACCCUGACCGGAAGGGAGCAUUUGCUGUUUUAUGGCAGACUUAAGAAUCUCAAAGGUUCUGCCUUAACAGAAGCUGUGGAAGAGUCGUUGAAGAGUGUGAAUCUGUUCAAUGGUGGAGUUGCUGACAAACAGGCUGGGAAAUAUAGUGGAGGUAUGAAGAGGAGACUUAGCGUCGCAAUUUCACUCAUAGGAGAUCCAAAGGUGGCCUACAUGGAUGAGCCUAGUAGUGGAUUCGACCCAGCUUCAAGAAAAAAUUUAUGGAACGUUGUAAAAGCUGCAAAACAGGACCGAGCAAUCAUCUUAACCAGUCACUCCAUGGAAGAGGCAGAAGCCCUUUGUGAUCGACUAGUAAUUUUCGUAGAUGAGUGUAUUGGAAAUCCGAAAGAGCUGAAGGCUAGAUAUGGAGGAUUGUAUAUCUUCACAAUGACCACAAGUGGUGAUCAUGAGGAAGUGGAGAAGAUGGUUCGGACAUUGUCACCCAAUGCCAACAAGGUAUACCGACUCUCGGGGACACAGAAGUUUGGGUUGCCGGAAAAUGAGGUCACCAUCGCCGGUGUUUUCCGAGCCGUGGAGGCUGCAAAGAGACGAUUUCAGGUGUUCGCAUGGGGUCUCAUCGAUACUACUUUGGAGGAUGUCUUCAUCAAGGUUGCUACAACUGCGCAAACAUCAUUGAUAUAGAAUCCAGGUUAAGCUCGAUUGUAGACGCAAUUUGCACCAAAAACCCCGACCUUUGUGGUGAUGGCUCUCUGUGACUAUAAGAAUGAAUCGAUGC